AUGCCCGUCAAAAAAAUAAAAGACAGAUAUUACUAAUCUUUAGAAAAAAUCGGCAAAGGCGCCUCAGCCUCCGUUUAUAUAGGCUACGACGAAAAGACUAAAUAGAAAAUUGCUAUAAAAAGAAUCGAUUAGACACGUUUUGACACUAAUUUUUUAGAAAGAAUCGACUAAGAGAUAAUGGUUUUACAAUCAUUCGAAUAAAAUAACCAUAUAGUGAAAUUUAUGGAUCAUUUUACUGAAAACAAAUACAUAUAUAUAAUAACCGAAUUAUGUGAAUAUGGUGAUUUACAAAAAUUCAUUUAAACCAAUUUCAAGGCAAAAAUUAUUCCUGAAAAACUUGCGAAAGUAUUUGCCUUUUAAAUUCUUUUAGCUUUUUUAUAAAUGGUCGAUAAAAAGAUUAUUCAUAGAGAUAUGAAACUAGAAAAUGUGCUCAUAAAUUAAAAAUUAGAGUGUAAAAUUGCAGAUUUCGGAUUUGUUAAAUUAUAGGAUGAUUUUUGCAUAAGUUAGGCAGGAACUCCAAUUACUAUGGCACCAGAAAUACUGAAUGGUGAAAAUUAUAAUCAUAAAUGCGAUGUAUGGAGUUUCGGAUUUGGUUUUAAGACUGUAUAGAAGAUACUUAAUAUAUGA